UAUGCAUCUAAGCACCGCCCAGAGCAAAGGAUCUUGAAGAUCUGGAAAUACUGGAAAGUCCAGCAUUGCAUUACCAGGAAGUCAGGGGGAAACAAAUACUACACACCACAUAAGUGAACCAAGCGGUCAGGUCUUUGUAUGUGGCAUAACGUCGAAUAUGGCCGCUUUCGAAACGGAGCAUUCUGCACUCCUUAAAAUGUCAUCUGCCGCGUUUUACGCUUGUAGUUCGUUUUUGAUCACAGUAGUAAACAAAAUUGUUCUCACGAACUUCAGGUAGGUGGCGCGUUAAUGCAAAUGAUUGUGGCAUUUGUUGAUAUAUAACUUUUUGUGACAUCAAAUGUAUAUUUAAUUGCACGCACUUUCUAGAUUUCCUUCAUACAUCUGUCUUGCAAUUGGUCAGGUAUGUAGCCUAUGGGUCUAUUUGGUUGGCUUUUUUAUUCCUAUCCACUGGCUGAAUGAUGGUCAUUGUAUUAACUCAUGUAAUCCUCCUAGAUGAUCACCACUAUUGUAAUCCUGUAUGCUGCAAAAAUGAACCAAACUGUUCAUUUUCAGGAAUUUGACCGAAGUGUUUUUAUUAAAAUUUUCCCUCUCCCUUUACUGUAUGUUGGAAACCACAUAACAGGACUCGCAAGCACAAAAAAAUUAAGCUUACCCAUGUUUACAGUGUUACGAAAAUUCACCAUCUUAAUAACGAUGAUAAUGGAAGUGUUUGUAUUAAGAAAAACCUUUUCUCAGAACCUGGUCUACAGUGUGGUGGCUAUAGUGGUCGGUACCUUGAUUGCUGCCAGCUCUGACCUGGCCUUCGAUAUAGAGGCCUACACCUUCAUCCUCCUCAAUGACUUCUUCACAGCUGCCAACAAUGUGUACACCAAGAAGAAGCUGGGCAGCGAUGGUCUUGGGAAAUACGGUGUGUUGUAUUACAAUGCGGUGAUCAUCGUCAUCCCUACAAUCUUGGCAAGUGUUCUAACAGGGGAUUUAAACAAGGCAAUAGCCUUUGAAAAUUGGGGGAACCCCACUUUCACUAUUUGUUUCCUUCUGACCUGCAUAAUGGGCUUUGUUCUUAUGUAUUCCAUAGUUCUCUGCAGCCACUAUAACUCAGCGCUUACUACAACAGUAGUGGGAGCAAUAAAGAAUGUUGCAGUAGCCUACAUUGGAAUGUUCGUCGGUGGUGACUACCUGUUCUCCUGGCCAAACUUCCUGGGUCUAAGUAUAUGUAUGUCGGGCGGACUGGUGUAUUCCUACUUUACCUUCUACAAGACAGCGCAGACCGAAGAUCCAGAAAAACAGCAGAGCAUUCUCCUUGAAGAUACUUUGACGUUGUCUUCCAAAGUAGGGGAUAAUUAACCUUCCACUGUGCUCAAUGGAAGAAAAUUAUAAGACUUUCCUGAUUGUUAUUUAUUUUAUAAAAUAAACAAUUUACAUAAAUCUUU